AUGCCACAAUUCACUCACCCUUGCUCAACUUUUGAAAGAAGGAACAACCCCAACUAUCGUCAGCAAAAGCAUAAAGGCGAGGACCUCUUUGCUAAAAAUGAUGUCAAUGACAUGCUGGGCGUCUUCUUGGGGACCAGGCGUCAGCCAGCUCCUGUGUGCCAGUGGCUACUGAGGAAUCAUGCCCGUCGUCGGCGGAGGUGGAAAUCCUAUGUUGCACAUUCGAAUACCCAUCAGCCCAGAUAUAUAGAUUCAGCUUCAGUCUGUCUUUGCAAGAAGGUCAUCGAUGCUAUGAUACAAUCGAUUUCACAAAUUCACACUUUGAAUGAAUGA